CUGUGUGAACCGGAUCCCGCUCGGUCUCUGCCAUCAUUUAGGGAUCUGUUUCCCUAUCUUUAAUACUGGGCCGAGGUACAGCUUUAAAUAUGCUGUUGGGGCCUGGGAACACCGACUCACCUGUGCAGGUCACAUCUCCCCCGCUUCCUUGUCUGUAAAAUGAGGGAGGUGGGCUAUGUAAUCUCUAAAAUACCUGGCUACUCUAAAAUUACAUGGUUAUCACCGUGCCAGUUUAACACCCGUUCUCUGUGCUUAAUGGCAGUUAAAAUUGUUUUAGGGUCAGAACAGCUGAACCGAAAAAUAGAAUGAUACAACUUCACUGCUGGAAGGACUUGACUUGCCCGUUUGGAUUUGGUGUCAGGCGGCUUCGGGAAGUCAUUUCACCUCUUGGCCUCAGAGACCCCCCCGCCCUCGCCCUCGUGAACUAGGUUCUUCAGUGUUAGCACAGUGACGUGCUCGCUGGAAAUCAUCUGAACACAUCAUCUCAUUUUACAAAUGAGAAAGCCAAGGGUCAGAGAGGUGAAAUUACUUACCCAGUCUUUCCCAGCUGCCCUUCCACAGUUCUUUGCACUGCUCUGGUGACACUAUUUGCAGCCUUGUCAUAAGAAGAUCUGUUGCCAUGUCAUCUUUUCCUUCCUGGAUAUCAAAAGAUGCUGUUUGGAAAAAUUUCCUGGCAGUUGUGUGGCUUAAAGAAACUCCCAUGGUCAUGUGACUCGAGAUACUUCUGGGGCUGGUUGAAUGCAGUGUUUAAUAAAGUAGACCAUGAACGCAUCAGGGAGGUUGGCCCCGAAAGGGCGGCCUCUGAGUGGUUGCUUCGCUGUGGGGCCAUGGUACGCUACCAUGGCCAGGAGAGGUGGCAGAAGGACUACAACAACCUCCCAACAGGCCCUCUGGACAAAUACAAGAUCCAGGCCAUUGAUGCCACUGACUCUUGUAUCAUGAACAUUGGAUUUGAUCACAUGGAGGGCCUACAGUAUGUUGAAAAAAUAAGGCUAUGCAAGUGUCAUUAUAUUGAGGAUGACUGUUUGGAGAGAAUUAGUCAACUUGAAAAUUUACAAAAAAGCUUGUUGGAAAUGGAAAUAAUUUCGUGUGGGAAUGUCACAGACAAAGGCAUCAUUGCUUUGCAUCAUUUAAGAAACCUCAAGUAUUUGUUGUUGUGCGACCUUCCUGGAGUAAGAGAUCAAGCGCACCUUGUCCAGGUCUUUAAGGCAUUGCUGCCUGCUCUGGAGCUGAAAUUGGACUUGAAGCGAAACGGUGAUAAUGAAUGAGUGCCGUGUUCAAUAUAAAGUGUCGUUUAAAAUUGUUGAUCCUAAAUAGCAACAAGUAGUAUGUAAUCAUCAAUAGAACUAUAAGGAUAUCAUAUCAUGAUCUUUUAAAAGCAGAAAAUCCAUCAUGUAGAAAAUAGAUAUUCAGACGAGACUUACUAAAAUCACUAAACUGGCAGUGAUGCAAACCAGGUGACAUUUUAAUUAUAAUACUCUCCUCAUUUUAUAUAGAUAUCUAUAUACAUAUCUCUUGAUGUAGAUACUUAGAGUUCUUUAAAGUGAUUUAAAUGUGCAACACAUAUCCUUUAUUGUAUUUUAACAGUAAUUUAUGUUGCAUUUUACUUUAAAGUUAUUGAAGCAUGUUACUAUAAAUGUAUGUACAAUUAUGAAAAAUUGAAAGAUAAAUUUCAGAUUAAUUGAUGAGGUCAAUUACGUCUAGUCAGUGAUUGUUGGGGCAUUCAAGUUGCCUCCCAGGAUUUGUAUGCCUGUCUCAUGAUCCUGCAUUCCUGUGUUUUUUACAACAUACACUCUUUCUCUGAAUGAGUAUUUUCUGGCUAAUUUGUCUAUUUGCUAAACUUAGUCUGGUGUUUUAUUAAAAGUAGGUGUAAAUACUUGGUUGAAUUCAAAUAGUUGUGCUGAUUGCAGUAUAACAGAGGAAACAGUCAUGAAGACCAGCACUUUUUGCCUAAAUUAAAAAAUUGCUUUAAACAGAAAAUUUUAACAUGCCAAUUAGAAACUGAUUUUUAUUCUCCCAUAUAUGUUGGAUACUAUUUCCUGUGAGCUCAAGAGACAUCAUGAAGAAGUAUAAGCACAAAAUUCAUUUUAUAUCUAGAAAACAGUGAUAAAGAAUAUCAUUAAAUAGAUAAAAACAUAUAUUUUUACCUGCUUGAAGUGGCCCUGAUUCAAUUAUUGUUAGUUAUAUGCCAACUUGUUUGUGGAUUUCUAUACAUUUUGUUUGAAUAUAACUUUGGAAAUAAUUUCAAAAUAAACACUUUCUAUGAUACAGCA